UAUGGGCCUAGCCGUAUUUGGCUCCAAUAGAUAUUUAUAAGAUGUCAUUGUUAGAGUUACUCAAAAUGGAGAAAUAAAACAUCCACGCGAAGACCGACAUCCACGCGGACGGAGUCGCAGGCGGAAGCUAGUUAAUAAAUAAAUACUUAACUAGUUUGAAGAUACAUUAUUUGGAGAUGUUUAGAAAUUAUAUCAAUUUAGUAUUGACUGCGACGUACACAAUAGAGCUGUAGUGCGUUAGCCGGCAGUCACAGCGAGGCGGUGUCGUCAUGCGGUCCAUUAUAAUAUCGCUCUGGCUAGCGAGCGCCGUGCAUUCACUCGAUUUACAAUACCUAGACCCAACCAAACUACAAACACAAGUCCCACCGGAGAUUCAACAACGCGCAGCAUUAGAAGUCAUCAGGCAAUAUUAUUCUAAAGUGAACGUGAGAAUCGACCCAGUGUUUUUCGUUAACAAAAAAGACAGUUUUCAUUUAAAAACCUUCAAUGGCACCCUCGACAUCAGAGCGAGCAGUGGAGUCGCCGCCACUUGGGGCUUCAACUACUUUCUCAAGAAAUACUGCAAGAGCCAAAUUGCAUGGCAAACGAAAAACGUAAAUAUACCGUAUCUACUGCCUGAAGUGGACGAGACAGUGGUUGCUAACGACAGGUUCCGGUACUACCAGAACGUGUGCACGGCGUCCUACAGCUUCGUGUGGUGGAACAUCUACGAUUGGAGGGAACACGUGGAAUGGAUGGCCCUCAACGGGAUCAACCUCGCAUUAGCACCCGUAGCUCAGGAAGCCGCCUGGACACAAGUCUACACACAAGUCGGUAUGACUCAAGAAGAAAUAGACCAACACUUCACUGGCCCAGCGUUCUUGUCCUGGCUUCGAAUGGGCAAUGUUCACGGCUGGGGAGGACCUCUACCAAAGUCUUGGAACGCCUUACAAAAGGACAUUCAAACAGAUAUCAUUAAUAGAAUGCGUAAUCUCGGAAUCGUUCAUGUACUACCGGCGUUCAAUGGUCACGUUCCUGUCGCAUUUUCCAGGAUAUUUCCAAAUUCAACAUUUCACAAAGUGAAACAAUGGAACAAGUUCGAUAACCCAUACUGCUGCGGACUUUUCUUGGAUCCAUUUGAUUCUUUAUUUAUGCGCAUCGGUAAAAUGUUUCUCAAUGAGAUCUCUAUAGAUACGCCACUGAGUCACAUAUACACAGCCGACCCCUUCAAUGAAGUCGAACCCUCGGAAUUUUCCACCGCACUCGUUCAGCAGACGUCCAAGAAAAUAUUCCAAACACUUUCCGACUUCGACAAGGAUGCAGUGUGGCUACUUCAAAAUUGGAUGUUUGUUAAUUCUCCUCUUGCAUGGCCAGUGGUCAGGGUGAAAUCAUUUUUAAAUGCUGUGCCAAGUGGCAGAAUGCUGAUACUAGACUUGCAAUCAGAGCAAUGGCCACAGUACGAUCUGUAUCAAAUGUAUUACGGUCAGCCGUUCAUCUGGUGCAUGUUGCAUAACUUCGGUGGCACGCUGGGCAUGUUCGGCAAUAUGGUCACUAUAAACAAGGACGUGUACGAAGUGCGGGCGCGAGCUAACAGCACCAUGAUCGGCAUCGGCCUCACUCCGGAAGGAAUCAAUCAGAACUAUGUAGUGUACGACCUGAUGCUGGAGUCUGCCUGGCGCAAGUCUCCCGUCAAGGAUCUCAAUGCCUGGGCUGCUGACUACGCAGAGAGAAGAUAUGGGUGUAAUGAAACUGCGGAAGCGUGGAAAUAUUUGCUCAAAAGUGUUUAUAGUUUUAACGGAUUAAGUAGAGUCAGAGGGAAAUAUGUCGUCACUCGAAGACCGAGUUUAAAACUAAAGCCCUGGGCUUGGUACAAGAGCUAUGAUUUAUUCGAAGCGUUUAGAAAAUUCGUUUCCGUUGGUAAUGUAAGUUGUUACUCUGAUGGGUUCCGUUAUGACUUGGUGGACGUGACGCGGCAAGCUUUGCAGUAUAGAGUUGAGCAGCUUUACAUUAAUGUUGUCAGCGAUAGAUACACGAACGUGUAUAUCUAUGAAGCUUCCAUUAAACGAUUUCUUGAUGCCUUAAAUGAUAUGGCACAAAUAUUGUAUCAAGAUCAACAUUUCAUAGCCUCGAAGUGGUUCAAGAAAGCAAGAGGAUUGGGAGAGUCGCCAGACGAGCAAGACUUAUAUGAGCUUAACGCGCGGAACCAGAUCACGCUUUGGGGACCAAAGGGGGAGAUUUCUGACUACGCUUGUAAGCAAUGGGCAGAGUUAAUCGUGAACUAUUACCUGCCAAGAUGGGCGAAUUUCCUGGAUGCUGCUCUAAAGGCAAAGAAAGCUGGUGAAGACUUCAAUGAAAAAGACACUCGACGUGUGGUAACAGCUAAUAUAGAAGUGCCGUUUGUGACUGCUCGGUCCAACGAUGUAGACGGUUCCUCGCCAGUAGGUUCAUUCACCACAGCAAUGGAAGUAGCGAAGAGUUUGUACAGGAGAUGGUCGUGUGCACCAGACGUGGAAGACUUGCCAGUGGUGGUCAUAGGAUCAGAUAAACAUAGAAGGACUACUUUAGCUGAUGAUGACUUGGAGGUUGAAGAAACGUCAGGGUUACCGAGUGUGAUGAUGAUUGCCACUACGCCUGAGGACUAAACACUAUGGCUACAUGUUUUUGUGGCCAUGGAUACGGAGUAAACGACGAGCGACUCCGGGAUGCUGAUGAUGGUGAAGUUACCAAGGCCGAUAGAACUAGCAAGUUUUACCGUUGCUAUGGUAACCAAAAUGUCUUCGUCACCAGCGCCAAGACUUCGCGUCUCCCUUUUCGUUGCUCGAUCAAAGAAUUGCCUUGGCCAGUGUUUAGGAGUAUAGCUACAUGUUACUAAAUGUAUAUAAACAAAACUAGCUACUGCCGUUUCUAUUCAUCGUAGCGUGAUGUUUUCUUAUAACCUAGAGGGAUUAGCGCGUUCAAACGAAUAAACAAACUCUUUAGUUUUAUUGCAGUCGCACUAGCUACAAAAAUGCUUUGUCAUUUUUGAUAUUAAGUCUUUGACUGCCAAUAGAAAUCUGUUGAAGGCAAAUCCUCCGCUAACGUCGGUCACCGGUGACCACCAAGGCGUUCUAUGUGUUAAAUGAUUUUACGACUUAGAAUAUCUCUUGAAAACACGCGAUCCUGUAAGAAAUCUUGUUCAAAAGUAGCCUAUAUUAGUCACAAAAAGAAAACUUUUCAAUAGGGAAAGUAUUUUUUAAAUCUGUCUAGUAGUUUCGGAGCCUAUUCAAUGCAAACAAUCAUAUAAUUAUUGUACCUAUGUCUCUGAAUACUACAUUUUUAUUCACAGUCGAGUAAUUUAAUCUACAUUUAGUGAUAUCGUCGUACGACUGAGCACUGGCCAAGGCAAUAAGGGAUAAUCGCAUUUUACUAUACUUUUAUUUUCAAUUUGUAUUCAAUAAACAUUUUCUUUAUUAA